AUUACAUAUCGGAGCUACAGCAACAGCGCGAACUGUACAUGUCACAACUCAUGGAUGUCACAACCAAACUGACGUCUUAACUUUCGAUGUUCAACUGUUGGAUAAAGUAGUAGACGAACGAACAAAUUUCCCUGCAGGCCAUGUGUUUUCUGUAAAAAAAUUCCCUCUUUUCCUUUGUAAUGUCAAACAGUCAUCACUUACGAAACGUGCCAAGUAAAAUGAUAAGUGUAAAUGAUUACAAGUUAAAACAUAUUUUUGAGGAUUUUAGCAUCGUCAGUAAACGAAUAUGAAACUGUUGCACAAAAAUGUCGAUAAAGACGGAGGAGGGAGUGUUAGCCUCAUGCCUGAAGAAUCCGAGGAUAUGUGGCAUGCUUAUAACCUGAUCAGUGAAGGUGACUGUGUACGAGCUUCAACCAUAAGAAAAGUGCAGAAUGAAUCAACUACUGGAUCAUCAACUAGCAGCAGAAUACGCACAAUGCUCACAAUCCGUGUUGAAAGUAUUGAUUUUGAUACGCAAGCAUGCAUGCUGCGACUGAAAGGCAGAAACGUAGAAGAAAAUCAGUAUGUUAAGAUGGGAGCGUACCAUACCUUGGACUUGGAGGUAAACCGAAAGUUUACUCUGUCGAAGCCUGAGUGGGACUCUGUAUCUUUGGAUCGAGUAGAUUCAGCUUGUGAUCCAGUCCAGAGUGCGGACGUAGCGGCUGUAGUCAUGCAAGAAGGUCUGGCACACGUCUGCCUCAUCACGUCGACCAUGACGAUCGUGCGGGCGAAGAUCGACGUGUGCAUCCCGAGGAAGAGGAAAGGCAAUGUUCAACAACACGAAAAGGGGCUUGCAAAAUAUUUUGAAACGGUGAUGCAGGCCAUCUUGCGUCACGUGAACUUUGAUGUGGUCAAGUGCAUCCUCGUUGCGAGUCCUGGUUUCGUCAGGGACCAGUUUUUUGAGUACAUGUUCCAGCAGGCAGUGAAGACUGAUAACAAAGUCUUGUUAGAAAACAAGAGUAAAUUUCUACUCAUACAUUCUUCCAGUGGAUUUAAACAUUCUCUCAGAGAAGUACUAGCUGACCCAGCCGUGGUCGCGAAAAUGGCAGACACAAAAGCAGCAAGUGAAGUGAAGUCAUUGGAAACUUUCUACACUAUGCUGCAGACUGAACCUGCUAAAGCUUUUUAUGGCUUCAGGCAUGUUCAGGCUGCCGCUGAAGCUCAGGCGAUAGAGACGCUUCUCAUAUCCGACAAUCUGUUCAGGAUUCAAGAUGUAAAGCUUCGGAAACAGUACGUAACGCUGGUCGACAACGUCAAAGAUUUUGGUGGUGAUGUGAAGAUCUUCUCGAGCAUGCAUGUUUCUGGAGAGCAGCUGGCCCAGUUGACUGGAAUAGCAGCAAUCUUACGAUUCCCCAUGCCAGAGCUAGAAGAAGAUGAAGAUGAAGGGGAAGAGAGUGAAGAUGAAGCAAAAUAGUUUACUUUUGGAAAUUGUUUUUAUUUUUUUUAUUUAUCAUGCUCAUAUCUGUUUCCAAUAUUCAGGUUGGGGAGAGAUUAAAAUUAUGUAAAUAUCUUGAA